UUUGGGCUUCCUCCAAUUUGACGGGCCACUGUGUCAUUUACUUCAAAAUUGCCAAGAUUAGGGCUUUCGGUCUUUCGCUUCGAUUCACCCCGCUUGUUCUUCUUCUUCUUCUUCAGACACUGCUCCUGCUUUUUCUCCAAACAUCGAAAAUGCCUUCCCACAAGACUUUCUUCAUUAAGAAGAAGUUGGCGAAGAAGAAGAGGCAGAACCGACCCAUUCCUCACUGGAUUCGGAUGCGAACUGGCAAUACUAUCAGGUACAACGCAAAGCGGAGGCAUUGGCGUCGCACCAAGCUAGGGUUUUAGAUGAAAAGUUUUCGAAUACUGUUGUUGAUAGUGUUAAUUUACUUGUGACAGUGUGUGUGUCUGUGUGUGCGUGUGUGUGUGUAGUUGUGAAAGAAUUAUUAUAAAUGGGAUUUAAAAUGUGAGUCAUGAUAUUUAAUUGAAUUUGGUAAUAGUGUGUGUAUUUACUGUUGGAUUAAUGAUACUAAUAGUGAUGAAUUUAUCUAUUUUUAGUACAUCUUUAA